CAAAUGGCUAUGAAAAUGAUGUUCGUAUCGGCAAUGAGCAUCUGUCUGCUGUUCAAUUACGCGGUGUCCGCAAUUCCAAAACCGGAAGAAAAGCGGGAACAUGAUCCCCUGAGCCACGCGCAACACUAUCAAAAUGAUGAGCACAACAAACAGUAUGAUCAUGAAGCAUUUCUUGGCGAAGAUGCCAAAACGUUCGAUCAACUCGAGGCAGACGAAAGCAGAAGACGCUUAGGACUCAUCGUAGAUAAAAUUGAUGGCGACAAUGAUGGGUUCGUUAAUCUGUCCGAGCUAAAGGCGUGGAUACAGUACACGCAACGGCGCUACAUUGACGAUGAUGUCAACCGGCAGUGGAAAACGCACAAUCCGAACAAUACGGAGAAAGUGCACUGGGACACGUACCGGAAGAAUGUGUACGGAUUUCUGGACGAGCUGGCGUCGCACGAAACGGACCACGCGAGUGACGAACACUUUUCCUAUCGUGCGAUGAUGAAGCGCGAUCGACGCCGCUGGAGCAUUGCGGAUCGUGACGGAGAUGACGAGCUGACGCGGGAAGAGUUUACCGAUUUUCUCCAUCCCGAGGAAAGCCGUCACAUGCGGGACGUGGUCGUGACGGAAACGAUCGAAGACAUCGAUAAGGACAGUGAUGGCAAGGUGUCGGUCGAGGAGUACAUUGGCGAUAUGUACCGACAGGGCGAGCCGGACGAGGAGGAACCGGAUUGGGUGAAGCACGAGCGGGAAACGUUUACCAACUUCCGUGACAAAAACAAGGAUGGCUUUAUGGACAAUCAGGAGGUGAAGGAUUGGAUUACGCCGGCAGACUUUGAUCAUGCGGAAGCGGAAGCACGCCAUCUAAUCUAUGAGGCAGAUUCCGAUGCGGACGAAAAGCUAACCAAGGAUGAGAUAAUUGAAAAGUACGAUUUAUUCGUCGGCUCACAGGCGACAGAUUUUGGCGAAGCUCUAACGCGGCACGAUGAGUUUUAA